AUGGUGUUGGUUUACUAUAGGAUGCGACUCACAUUAUUGCUUGUAGUAUUGUGUGCAGUCCACGGAAACACCAAAAGAUCAUCCAAAAAGCUUGAAGAGAAAGAAAUUAUAACAACGUCAAAAGAUGUCUCAUCAGAUGGUAGUACUACAGGUAGUCCAAGGGCCGGAUUGCCAAAAAAUGCCAUUAUAGCCAUUGAAGUGGUAGAUCCCAGCGAGAAUACCACCAAGGAAGGCAAAGGUCGUAAAAGAACUAUAGAAUCAGCGUUAGGAUAUGGAUACAACGGCGGAUAUCAAAACUUUUUUGAUGUUAAACCAAAACCUCCAAAAUAUGAGGUGUACAAGUAUUCCCAACAAGAUAUACCAGCUUAUAAAGGAUCAGUGAAGCAUGUACCAGUAGAAACUUACCCUGAUACUUACCAGAAUUAUAAUAGUCAUGCACAUGGAUCAAGUGAACAUGCUGGACCAACAGGGGCGACUAGUUACAGUCAACAUGAAUCACAUGGUGGGGGUAGUCCAGAUGCACCAAACUAUGAAAUUCAAAAAUCUGUUCAAUAUGACCUUGGAAGUACAGCUCCUGCUUACGAACAACGAGCUCCUAAAAAGGGAGCAAAUCUUCAACAGUAUUAUCAAAAUGGAGCAACCUUGUUUUCUUCUUUGGACCACAAUGGUCAAUUAAGCUCAUUGUCCUCUCAAGUUCCCAGUAAUCACGGGCCUAUGGUUCCUGUGAUUAUUUUAAGGGUGUAUACGAAUCAGUUAGGACAAAAUGCUUUACAUGCCAAUAUUCCUCAAGGCCAUCCGUACGCAAAUUUAAACAGUGUGGAUUUACAGAGUUUACUUGCGGGUUAUGUGCAGAAUAAUCCACAUCAACAAGGUGCGCAGCAGUAUUAUGAUCCUGGUCCACAAACUUCACAUUCUCCUCAAGUAGAACAAGAGUAUUACCAACCCGCUCCACAAGGCCCAACUCACGCUCAUUAUAGUAAUCAACCCCAAACUCAAAGCCAUUCUCACCAUCAACAUCAACAUCAGCAUCAUGAUACGGGUUUGCUCACAAACGAAAACUACCCGGAUGAUGCACAUACAAAGGUGAUCUUUAAGAAACCUGCUACUGGUGGAAAAACAAAGAGUAAACAUUCAAGACCCCCACAGAAGUUUAAGAUUACCAUCCCAGAGAAUACUUAUAGUAAAGUGGAGGUACAGGAGCAUACCUAUGGAGGUCCACAUGAUGGUGGUCAAUAUGUACAACAACAUGUUCAGUAUGCGCAACCACAAGUUGCUCAGCAAUAUGAACAACAAUACUAUUACCAGCAACAGCCUGAACAAUAUGAUCAGUACCAACAACAACCUCAACAUCCCUCGGCACACAGCCAACAGGAGUAUCAAUCAAGUAUUCAAUCUUUGGUACAAUAUCAACAGGUACCACAAGAAGUCCAGAAACAUGUUCAAGGUGGGGGUGGUAAACAUGCACGUCCUGUACAACCUGUGCCAUCAGAGUAUGUUCAAUACGGACCACCUCAACAACAACAACAGCAACAACCACAACAAGAACAACAACCUCAACAACAUUACGAUGCUAAACAAUAUGUCCAGAUUGCUACGUAUCCUAGCAAUGUUGACCCUGAACAACAUCAAGCCCAACAACAACAACAACAACAGCAACAUCAAGGUACACCUAUUCCAGAAGAGUAUUACCAGCAGUAUCUUCAAUAUGCUCAACAGCAAGCUCAACAACAAGCUCAGACUCCAACGCAUGCUCAAGUAGAUCCUUCGGGGCAACAUGGCUACCAGAAUCCUGCAGGUACAGAAGCACAAUACGUGCAACGUCCUGAACCAGGUGCAGAAAACCAAGAAUUCGCCAUUGUGAAGCACUCAAACGAUGCGGGGCGUGAUUUACACCCCAAACUUUUUAAUUAUCACGCGCAUGGGGCACCUGAACAACAAAGAGGAACCCCAAAGAAGAAACGCGAAAGGAAGCAGCGGAAGAAUCGAGUGCCUUUAGUUCUAGCUCCUGAUGUAAUGGAAACGUUAGAGAAGAAGCAAUAGUUAUGUAAUACAGAGUAAAUGAUGGAAUAUUUCGGAUAAAUUAAUGAAGCAAUGACUGAUUAAUGACUUAUGGAUGAUCUGCGAGCAUUUUUCUUUCUGUGCGUUGUAUAAAUAAGUAAUCAUGUUACUUUUAAGUGAUUUAUAUGUGAAAUGAAACGUGUGCAAUAUGUUGAA